UGGAAGUAGAAAAGAGUUGAUGAGUGAGUUUCCGUCAAGCGGUGGCCACGCACUCGCAAGUCCUCACGUGCACACAAACAGUGACGGUGUGUGUGUUCGCGGAAACAGGUUGCAUCGAGGGACAUAAGCUGGUCUUCAACACAUGGCGUGUUGCAUAAUAAAUACAAUGUUAGAUCGGUUAGUUCAGAAUGUUUCACCACCAAGUGCGGACGUCAUCCCCGUCAUACACUCUUCAGCUGUUGAUCUGCGAUAUCGCCGAAAUCUCUAGAGCUGCUUCAUCCCGCCCAACGCGUGGUAGCUGCACAGACACAGAAACUGCAUUGUUUGUCAUCACGGAGAAGAUGUUGUUGGGAACCCCCCGAAGUGUGCAGCGGAGGUGUACGGACACCGUGCGACUACCGUCACCGCGACGAAUGGCCGCCCAGUUCGCCCGUUUAAUGUGGAAGCGCAGUUCGUCAAUUUCACGACCCUAUCUGCGGUCACCUGAUUACCCAUGGGACGUCUGUACUAGGGACUAACUGAAUUUUUGCGUGCACAGUGCCUACCCGGACUGCUUUCACAGCAUCUCAGCGGCAGUGUACCAUCUACUCUUGGCAGACCAGCAUUCCGCAAGUGAUAGAGCCACCAGCCGGGACAAAGAGAGUCGUUCUAAAGGCCUACGUAAAAGCAACCACGGGUCCGCGUAUGUAGCGGGACAAGAAUCUUUUCUCUACUGGAACGCCCAUCAACAAGGCGACUUACAUGGAGGAGAACGCAUCACCCGAACGACUCAUCGACCCAAAUCGACAGACAUAACGAAAACACAACAUUGAGAAAAAGGAAGAUGAAGACACGCAGUAGAGCGGACCCGCCCUUUCGACGGCAAAAUAUGUGCCAUACCGGUCUCCCUCACCUCCUGAAGGGUGCUUUGACGUUGACAUUGGGGCAUGCUUGGCGGUUGUGAACGAGCAACCGAACCGGCCUUGCCAGCGUGUGAGAGAGCGCAUGGCUGCUUCAAGAGCAACGUCACUAUGCGGCUAGCAGCAGGCGAAUUCUGGGAAUGUGGCUGUCGUGGAAGCAAACAGCGUGAACAUGUCGUUGUUUAUUAACAUUUCGACUGCCAGAAGGAAACGGAUGGCACUUUACUGACUUUAGACAGGCACUGUUCCAUGGGAGGGCAUGUCAACGUAAAAAGACACCCCAUGACAUGGCCGUGAGGCGAGGGCACUCGGGACCUGUAGUACCCCAACCCGAUGUUUAAGAGAAGAAUGCAGCACUAAGUUAGAAGGGGUAUGUUCUACAGAGAACGGGUGGUGCGGGCAACGAUUGAUAAGUUCCUGUCAAUUGAGGCCAGCUUCAUCUUGUCAUGGCUCAUCUCUGAGAGAUACCGCCUCGCAAUGGAACGCCACGUUCGACAUUGAGGCAUUCUGUCCCCCCCGCAAUCUGGAUAAUCAGUGCACCGUGGCUGGCCAAUGUAAUGUGUAUGAGGCGACCUGGGAAGCGGAAGCGUAGCAUUACCGACCUGUAUUUUUACGCACUCUUGCGCAAGCACUGAGGGUGGCUCCUGUGCCGCGUCUCUGGUGCCUCUGUUCGGCCUUCUCUCCGGUCCUCUCUCGUGCGGGCGUUAUUUGCAGGAAUAAACGCAGUUCGUGUAGCGGCACGACCUUUCCAAAGCCCCGCUGUUCGUGUACUUUGUCUCAGCCACUCUAUUCUAUUUUACGGCCUUCUGACGUAAAACUGGAUUCUGGUUCAACCGUGAGUGUGGUAAACUACGGUACGCGAUGGCUACAGGCACGAGACGGGUUCCAGGCGUACGAGGUUGUCACACAGCGUUCUUUGUUCCUUCUUGUUUCUCCUUUCUGACUGUCUACCCCGUCACGUGUUCGCGGUCUCCACCUGUUUGCACUAGCGAGCCACUGACAAGUCCCGAAAGAAUCGAGAAGCUGUUUGGAGCUACUGUGAGCUGGCGCCCAGUUCUCGUUAUGAGGCCGGUAGCUGAAUUGUUUUUCUCUCUAGUGUUUUUCCUCUUCUUCUCGUAUUUAGUCGCUUUUGCGUGUGCGUCCAACAAUGGAAAUUCAGCCAACGGUCAACAUGGUGACGGUGACCACGGGCAGGGUGGCGGGUCACCAGGCAGCCAGACGCUUCCCGACGCUGCUUCGGGAAACGGGGGGGCCAUGGGUCCAGACCCGUCACACCCACCUCAGACUGCAGUUCCUACAGACUGGCGAUUGCCACGACCUCUUCAGGACGCGGUCAUCGAAGAGCAACGCAGAGCAGCACUGAGGCUGCGAGAAGAAAUGGCGGCAGCGGAUGUCGCGGCAAUACUAGAGGCAAUAGACACACCGUGGCCUGAAGAAAAAGAAGGUGGAGGAGCAGAGGGAGCGCCAUUUAUAUUUGUAGACCCAUCAGGCUUCCCAGAACCCUGGAAGGUUUUGGCACCGUACUCCGUUACAGGUGGACCCCCGUUCAGCGACCCAUCCCGAGAACGCGGGGGAAAACCGAUGAUAGGCUCUGGAGUGUUAGGAUCCGUUCAGACGUCACGUCGCAGGUCACGUCACCGAAAGAAAGGGACGGAAGGUUCCGGAGGACCAGAGAAUGUGAGAAGCGAACAACCCGAAGUUGGUAGGUGGGUCUUCUUUGGUCGAUUCGACACAGUGUAG